GCCUAGUCGUUCAUUCAGAUAUAAGAUAUUAUUGUGCCUUUCGCAUCAGUCUUUUCAACUCAGUAUUACAACUGCCUGUGAUCAGCCACACUUACAUUCCCAUUGGCACCGGGCCAAUUGAACCCUACAAACCGCAGAUUCCCUCAAUCAUCUUAAUAUGUCGGCCGAUCAAGAGUUUGAAUUCAAGAAGUGGCUCUCCAGGAGCUGCCAUCCUAUCAUAGAUGGCAUGGAUACUGCGUACGGCUAUCAGCCGUCGCUGGCUGCAGGCGUCGUCUUCCUCGUUCUCUUUGGUCUCUCGAUGAUCGUUCACACAAUCCAGUUUACCUGGAAAAGAACCUGGUGGUGUGCGGUCUUCAGUAUUGGUUGUCUGACGGAGGUUCUAGGCUGGGCUGGACGUACCUGGUCUUCAGAAUGUCCCUACAACAUGACAGCCUUCCUGAUGCAAAUUUCCACCCUAAUCAUCGCUCCCACAUUCUUCACAGCAGGCAUUUACGUCCUCCUUGGCCGCUUCAUCCAAAUCCUCGGCCGCGACUCCUCCAUCCUCAGCCCUAAAAUGUACCUCUGGAUCUUCUGCACCUGCGACGUCAUCUCGCUCGUCAUCCAAGCCAUAGGCGGCGGCAUCGCCUCCGCCGAAACGAACAAGGAAGACGGCGACACAGCUCCCGGCACCCACAUCAUGGUCGCCGGUAUCGUCUUCCAACUGUUCUCGAUUACCGUCUUCGUCGCCUGCGCCGCCGAUUUCGUCCGCCGCGCCCUCCGUCGUCGUCUUCUGCAGAGCGUGAGCGGAUCCAUCACCCCCCUGUUCGCCGCCAUGGUCUUCUCCGUGCUCUGUAUCUACGUCCGAAGCAUCUACCGUACCAUCGAGUUGUCACAGGGUUGGACUGGUUAUCUGAUUACCCGGGAGAAGUACUUCAUUGCGCUUGAUGGCGCGAUGAUGGUGGCUGCUGUUGGCGUGUUCAAUAUCUUCCAUCCCGGUUGGUUGAUGCCGAGUACCAAGGCUAUGCAGUAUGACCGGGAGAUAAUGUCUGAGGAUGGUUAUGGCCAUACUACUGAACUUCGGUGAAGUACUGCGUUCCUUUAGCCUUUCCUUUAAUGUUUUGUUUUCACGUCUUGGUUGGCGAGUGCUUAGAUUCUAGAUCGUUGGUCUUUAAGGGUAACGACUAUAAUGUUUCAAUAUAUAAUUGAAUUAGAAACCUGUUAAGCAUAUACUUUCAGGUCAAUUUCGUGAAGAUUCAUUAACCACAAAAACGCUCGAGAGAACAACUAGAGAUACAAAAAGAGAAGGUAUAAUGGACGAUAGAAGGAAAAAGACGGAAACAGAAGAGAAUAGAAUCGGAUAUAGCCUGAAGCGCCAAAGCUAAACAUCAUUCCGAAGAAAUAAGGUGAAAAGGUCGUAACAGGGUUUCCUCAUCCGUACCAGGUCAUCAAGGGGGAAACCUAAAAGCACUACUUUUCGUCGUGGUCACAUUUCAUAAACCCAAAUCCUAGGUUCACCAACCGAGCAAUCAUACUCCAUCAACGGCCUCGAUCCAACCAAAAGUCGCUCCAACAGCCAAAAUGGCGACGGCCCAGAUUGAACCCCAAGCGGACGCACCCUCGAUGCUAAUUC